CUCCCUUGUGCAACCCACGAGCUGGGCGCUGGGCGUGUCACAAUUUUCUAAUCUCCGAAGAUGUCAAGACAAGCACCAAAGACAUAACCACUGUCAACGGCCUUCGUUUCCAUCCUCGAGCUCCAAGAUCCAAUCAUGGCGAGCGCCACCACACUGUCCUUCCUGUUUCUCUUACUGGCCACCGGCCUCCUUGUUCUCCUCCACAUCCGCAGCCUCAAGAGCAAGCAGGGGCACCGUCGCCUCCCGCCCAGCCCGCCAUCGCUCCCAAUCAUUGGGCAUCUCCACCUCUUCAAGAAGCCGUUACACCGGUCGCUGGCCGCGCUCGCGGCGGCGCACGGCCCGGUGCUCCUCCUCCGGUUCGGUUCCCGUCGCGUGGUCCACGUCGCGCACCCCGCCGCCGCCGAGGAGUGCCUGACCACACACGACGCCACCUUCGCCAACCGCCCGCAGCUCCCCUCGGCGCGCCACCUCUCCAACGGAUACACCACGCUUGGGUCCUCUAGCUACGGCCCAAACUGGCGCAACCUCCGCCGCAUCGCCACCGUCGAUGUGUUUUCCACCCACCGCCUCCUCCGCUCCACCGGCAUCCGCGCCGGCGAGGUCCGGCACAUGGCGCGCCGGCUCUUCAAGGACGCGGCCGGGGCUGACGCCUCCAGGCCUGCGAGCGCCGACGUGAAGACACGCGCGUUCGAGCUGGCACUGAACACUGUGGCGCGGAUGAUCGCCGGGAAGCGGUACUACGGCGACGACGAAGACGACUCGGGGCCUUCGUCGGUGGAGGCGGAGCGGUUCCGCGCCAUGGUCCGGGAGUACUUCGCGAUGCACGGGGCGUCCAACCUGCAGGACUUCGUGCCGGUGCUCGCGCUGGUGGACAUUGGCGGUGUGAAUAACCGCGCGAUAAGGCUGUCUAAGGCGCGGAACGAGUGGGCGCAGCGGCUCAUCGACGAGCACCGGGCGGCCGCCGCAGCAGGGAGGGAGCAAGGGAAGACGAUGGUUGGUGACUUGCUGGAGAUGCAGGCGUCUGACCCGGAGGCGUACAGCGACAAGGUCAUCAGAGCACUGUGCCUGUCUAUUUUGCAGACCGGAACGGACACCUCGUCGGGCACCAUCGAAUGGGCCAUGGCGCUGCUGCUCAACCACCCUGCCGCCAUGGCCAAGGCCAGAGCCGAGAUCGACGAGGUCGUCGGAACGGUGCGCAUCCUGGAGGAGUCCGACCUGCCCAACCUCCCUUACCUCCAGUUUGUCGUCAGGGAGACCCUACGCCUCCACCCAAUUGCCCCGAUGCUCGCCCCGCACGAGUCCUCCGCCGACUGUUCUGUCGCUGGCUACGACAUUCCGGCGGGGACGAUGCUGCUCUUCAACGUGCACACGAUGCACCUGGACGCGCGCGUGUGGGGAGAGGACGCGGAAAGGUUCUCACCGGAGCGGUUCGAGGGCGGGAAGAGCGAGGGAAAAUGGAUGCUGCCGUUUGGGAUGGGCCGGCGGCAGUGCCCGGGUGAGGGUCUUGCCAUGAGGGUCGUCAGCCUCGCGCUAGGCACGUUCGUGCAGUGCUUCGAGUGGAGGAGGGUUGGGGAUGAGGAGGUUGAUAUGACUGAAGGAUCCGGGCUGACGGUGCCCAAAGCUGUCCCAUUGGAGGCGUUAUAUUGGCCACGUCCGAAGAUGGUAUUGGCACUAAGGGAAAUUUUAGAACGUUAAUCAAAAUGGUUUCCAUUCCUAUUUUUUUAACCGAACUUGCAGGAUUUUGCAGAGAUUGUAUCAGUAUAGAGUAAAUCUUUAA